AUGCUCAAGCAUACACACCGCAUGAAGAAACUGAUUCUUGACGGAUUUCAGCAAUGGCAAAGCUAUAAAAGCGAACACAAUAAAGUGUACGAUGACGAAGAGACUGAGAAUAGAUAUAUGCUAGCGUUUUUAUCGAACCUUGAAGCGAUACACAAACAUAAUGAACUCUUUAAACGAGGCGAAAGCACUUUCGAAAUGGACGUCAAUCACAUCGCAGAUCUGCCAUUCGACGAAUAUCGAAAGCUGAAUGGAUUCAGACGAACGUUUGGUGACGCCAGACGUAACGCAACAGCCACUUUUAUGCCACCUUACAACACGAAAGUACCUGACCACUGGGACUGGCGAGAUCAUGGCUACGUUACUGAAGUUAAAAAUCAGGGUAUGUGCGGUAGUUGUUGGGCGUUCAGUUCAACGGGUUCACUCGAGGGUCAGCAUAAACGCAAAUUCGACAAGUUAGUCUCGCUAUCUGAACAGAAUUUGGUUGACUGUUCUCGAAAAUAUGGUAAUAACGGUUGCAAUGGUGGUCUAAUGGACAAUGCAUUCACAUAUAUCAAAGAGAACCAUGGUGUCGAUACAGAAGUAUCAUAUCCAUAUAAGGGAAGAGAUAUGAAAUGUCAUUUCAAUAGAAAAACUGUUGGUGCAGAUGACAAUGGCUUUUUUGAUUUGCCAGAGGGCGAUGAAGAGGCCUUGAAGGUUGCAGUUGCCACUCAGGGUCCGAUUUCGGUGGCUAUCGAUGCCGGACAUCAAAGUUUCCAAAUGUACAAAAAAGGUGUUUACUACGAGCCAGAAUGCAGUCCUGAAAAUCUUGAUCACGGUGUACUUGUUGUGGGAUAUGGCACCGAUGAUGAUGGUAGCGAUUAUUGGAUCAUUAAAAACAGUUGGGGAAUGAUGUGGGGCGAAAAAGGUUAUAUACGUAUGGCGAGAAAUCGUGACAAUCACUGCGGUAUCGCAACUAAGGCCAGUUAUCCAAUCGUAUAA